AUGGAUCCGCGCCAGAGCUUGCAGCUCCGCGACGACGGGACUGAUCAGUUCCUUAAGCUUAUCGCGGAUCCCUUCCAAUCCGCUUUUACAGUCAGUGCCCUGUGGGCCUCGCUGGGCACCUCCAUCGGCGUCUCUAUCCUCCUCACCAUCGCCUUCUCCCUAUUUCGUCCUCGUCAUUCGCUCGUCUAUGCGCCCAAGGUCAAGCAUGCCGACCAAAAACACACCCCGCCCCCGGUGGGCAAGGGCUUCUUUGCCUGGAUCAAGCCUGUAAUCCGUACUCGCGAGACACAGUUGGUCGAAACCAUCGGCUUGGAUGCGGCCAUUUUCCUUCGCUUCACAAAGAUGCUGCGCAAUAUCUUCAUCUUCAUCAGCAUUAUUGGCUGCAUGGUCAUGAUACCGGUCAAUAUGGCCGAGAGUCAGAAAAACAAUGAGACCUCGGCCCUGUCGGCACUCACUACCAUGACGCCUCUCUACGUGAAUUCCAAGGCCAUCUGGAGCCAAGUCGCGUGCGCCUGGGCCUUUGAUGCCAUCAUUGCAUUUUUCCUCUGGAGAAAUUACCGGGCCGUACGAGCGCUGCGGAGACGGUAUUAUCAAAGCAGCGACUAUCAGCGAAGUCUGCACGCGCGAACCCUCAUGAUAACCGACAUACCCCAGGCAGACCGUUCCGACGAAGGUAUCUUGCGACUUACCGACGAAGUCAACCCGACCGCCGCCCUCCCCCGCGCAGCUAUUGGCCGCAAUGUCAGAGAAUUGCCCCGGAUCAUCAAGGAGCACGAGGAGGCCGUGCGGGAGUUGGAGUCGGUUCUCGCAAAAUAUCUCAGGCGCCCUGAUCAGCUGCCCGUACAGCGACCGAUGAUGCGCCCACCGCGGAGUCAGCACAGCAAGCACCCCAAUGGCAAGGUGGACACCAUUGAUUACCUGACCGUGCGUAUCCGCGUACUGGAGGAGGAAAUCAAGCAUGGCCGCGCGUCGAUCGACCGGAGAAACGCUAUGCCUUACGGUUUUGCCAGUUGGGAGAACAUCGAGCAUGCCCACGCCGUGGCUUGGACUGCACGCCGAAAACAUCCCAAGGGCACUACGAUUAGCCUUGCACCGCGCCCUAGCGAUCUGAUUUGGGAGAACUUGCCUCUUUCCAAGCAAUCGCGUAAAUGGAAGCGAUUUGCCAAUACUCUCUGGGUCACCCUGCUCACAGUGGUGUGGAUCGUUCCUAACGCCCUCAUUGCAGUGUUCUUGUCUAACUUGAACAAUCUGGGCAAAGUCUGGCCCAGAUUCAUGACUUCGCUGGAGGCCCAUCCUGACGUUUGGGCUGCUGUUCAGGGUAUUGCCUCGCCUGCCAUCACCUCGCUCGUGUAUCUGCUGCUUCCGAUUAUUUUCCGACGCCUGUCCGUCAAGGGUGGCAGCAAGACGAAGACCUCUCGAGAGCGCCAUGUCCUUGGCCAGCUGUACGCAUUCUUCGUCUUCAACAACCUGAUUGUCUUCUCGCUGUUCUCUGCUGCGUGGACUUUUGCCUCGAAUGUGAUUGACAAGACCAACCAUAAUGAGAACGCCUGGCAGGCUAUUGUGGACAGUCAGCUUUAUAGCCAGCUGAUGAGCGCUUUGUGCACUAUCUCUCCUUUCUGGAUUACUUGGCUUCUACAGCGGAACCUCGGCGCUGCCAUCGACCUUGUACAAAUGGUCACAUUGGCCUGGGUCUGGUUCUCGAAGACCUUCCUAUCGCCUACCCCUCGACAAUCUAUCGAGUGGACAGCGCCUCCGCCGUUCGAUUAUGCCAGCUAUUACAACUACUAUCUGUUUUACGCUACAGUUGCCUUGUGCUUCGCCACCCUACAGCCCAUUGUGCUACCCGUGACAGCUCUGUAUUUCGGGGUUGACGCCAUCUUGAAGAAAUACAUGCUUAUGUAUGUGUUCGUGACCAAGAACGAGUCUGCUGGCUCUUUCUGGCGCGUUCUAUUCAACCGCUUGAUCUUCGCGACCAUCCUCGCCAACGUCAUCGUUGCUUUGGUUGCUAGGGCGAGAGCCAACUGGACUUUGGUGUUCUGCAUCGUCCCGCUGCCGUUUUUGAUGCUGGGCUUCAAGUGGUACUGCAUGAGGACUUUCGAUUCUGACAUCGACUUCUACAACCGCGCCAAUCUUUCCGAUGCGGAAGCUCUGGGUGUCUCCAAGUUUGGUAAGAAGGCCGCAGAUCGUCUCAACUCCAAAUUCGGUCAUCCAGCCCUCUACAAGAAGCUCAUGACUCCCAUGGUCCACGCCAAGGCCGCGGAGGCAUUGAAGGAAAUCUACCAGGGUCGUCUCGACCAUGGCGAUAUGGCAGGCGAGUACUCGGACAUUGCCAUGAACCCAAUGAUGGCCUCCAAGCCCGGCAAGGCCGAACCGGCUCCCUUCGAAGUCGUUCCAGAAAACCAAUUGGACUUCUCCUACUUCAAGGACCGCGCCGACUUCCGCGAAGAAUUUGGCGGAGGUAUCUACGGCCGCCCGGAGGAUCUCAUGACCGAACGCUCGCAGACGCCGCGUAGCACCCUGGGAGGCGAGUGGUCACCGAGCUCAUCCCGAGCCUCUUCUCCCGCCCCGUCUCUACCGUCAAUGUCCGGCCUGAAGAUGCAUGAAGGCUAUGCAGAGCCCUACGUCAACCCCGACGGAGUCCUCGUCCACCCGGCCUUCCGCGUUCCGCUCUCACGAGGCAACAGCGACAGCCCCGUCGGUAACGGCCUUUACCAAUCCGACGAGAGCGAGACUCGACUCCUGAGCUCCGCCCAGGUCCCCGCACAGACCGAAUCGGCGAACCACCUCGACCGCUGGCGCACGGGUGGUUACGGCCCUGUCGAGCAGGACGACGAUCCGUACCACACCUCGUACGAGUCGUAUCGGGUCCCGCGGUGA